AUGGCUCCAAUCCCACCUACAUCCUACGCCGACGCUGGCUUCAAGGAGAUCUCCAUCUCCAACGUGCCCGAGUCGUCUCCUACCGUUACCAAAGUCGUCACGGUGGCCUUCAACCGUCCCAAGAAAUUCAAUGCCGUCACCGGAAGCAUGAUCGAGGAGCUAGUCGCCGCCUUCGAGCUCUUGGGCAAGGACAACAGGGUGCGCGCCAUCGUCCUAACGGGCAAGGGAAGGAUGUUUUGCGCCGGUGCCGAUUUGGAGAUUGGGUUCGCUGGCCUGAACCCGUACAAAGAUAGCGAAGAGGCCACGAACAAGUACAGAGACGGCGGCGGCCGAAUCGCGCUUGCAAUCGCCAACUGCCCCAAGCCCACCAUCGUCGCCGCCAACGGCUCCGCCGCCGGAGUAGGCUUCACCGUCAUGCUCGCGGCCACCAUUCGCGUAGCAUGGGAGGGCGCCAAGGUCGCCGCUCCCUUUACGCGACGAGGCAUCUGCCUCGAAUCGUGCAGCUCCUUCUUCCUACCCCGGCUCAUCGGGCUGUCCAAGGCCAUGCACAUCUCCACCACGGGUUCCACCUACCCCGUGACGGACCCGCUCGUGCGCGAUCUCUUCUCCGUGCUGCUCCCUACGCCCGAGGAGACGGUUGCCUACGCGACGAAACUAGCGCUAGACAUUGCCGAGAACACCUCCGAGGUCAGCACCAAGCUGAACCGCGACCUGCUUCUCUACUGCCAGGACAGCCCGCUCCAAGCCCACUUGGUGGAGUCUCGGGCCUUCCUAGCGCUCGCUGGUGCCCAGGAUAACAUGGAGGGAUCCGUCCGUGGAUGGUACUGGGCGGUAUACCCGCAGCCUGGUACAGAGCAUCUGGUCGAACCAGUCCUGUGGCUGAUUAUCGAGCGCAAGCGGGGCGCUGGAUAUGGCCGAAGAGCUGGUGGAACCCGGAUCCGUGUGGACUUGGAAGUCGAUCAAAUCGUACAGAAGAUCCGGCGUCUCGAGAAGGGGCGAAUGUAA